UGUUAAUUUAGUAUUUACACAAUAAUAUCAUAAUUAUCAUUUAUCAUAUUUUUUGAAUAUAAUAUACUUGUGACUUAUUUUCUGUGUAUACAUACUAGUAUAAGAAUAUAACAUAUUAUUUGUAUUUUACUGGGGUCUGAACUUGUAGUGCCCAUCGACUGAGAUGUAGCUGUGUCGUUUAUUAAUCACGUAUUUGUUGCAAUGAGCCGAACGUAGAUUGAAGUAUUGACAUAUUAAUUGGACAUUUGUAUGGUGUUAAGUAUAACAAAUAAUUAAAAUCUUGGUUUUUUUUUUCAAUCACAUUACUAACAAACAAAAUAUUGUUAAGACACGAAGGUGCAAGUGACGUGUGAAAUUGUCUCACAUUCAUAUGUAAUAAAUGUUAAUACCAUCAUAACCAGCUGUCGCACAAUAUUAAAAAAAUAUAUUAAUUAAAUUAUUGAAACGAAUACGAGAUUAUAUUGAAAUCGACAAUAGUUUAAUGCAUAGUUAAGGUCAUAUUUAAUUUUCUCAAUUGUUCACAAUUGCACUAAUUUCAGACUGAUUACUAUAUAAUUGUUUUUGUUUGGUAUAUCGACAUAUCGUAUAUAACAUACAGAUCUUGAACUCGGAUGCCGGUGAAAUAUUAUACAGAUGUCACUGUGCGAGACACGUAAUAUGAACGUUACGCCAUCAGUAAAUGUCGGAAGUGGCGACGGCGACGGGACGUCCGUGCGUGUGCGCGUGAUCGCGCCGUCGUCCAUGGGCAACCCGUCCAACUUAGAGGCGUUCAGGAGGUUCUUGCGGGACGCGGGCACGACGGCGCACGUCGACGACUCGAUAUACCGGGCCGGCGCCGACCCGUUCUACGCGAACACCGACCGAUUCCGUGCGGACGACCUGGUGGACGCGCUGACGGACGACAGCACGGUGGUGUGGUGCGCGCGCGGCGGCGAGGGCGCGUCCCGGCUGAUACCGUACCUGGAAGCGUUGCCGGCGGACCGGAAGCAGAAGAUCCGGGACGCCCGGAAAAUGCUGAUCGGCUACAGCGACGCGACGGCGCUGCACGUGUACCUGCACACGGUGUACGGGUGGCGGACGGUGCACGGCACCAUGUUGGAAAUGAUCGCCGACCGCACGGUGGACGGCAGGUCGGUGGACGCGCUGGUGGCCCUGGUGACCGGCCGAUUGGACCGGGUACGGUACGAGCUGCGGCCGGUCAUUGCCGCUGGCCACCCGAGCGGGCUGUCGCUUCGGGCCACAGUGGCGGGCGGCAACAUGACGCUGGUCGAGAACUCGCUAGGCACAGCGUUCGGCUUCAGGGGCGACGGUAAGAUCGUGUUCUUGGAAGACGUGCACGUCCGACCGUACUCGUUGGAACGGAGUCUCGAUCACAUGAACCUUGCCGGCGUAUUCCAAGGCGCCGUGGCCGUCGUAUUCGGUUCGUUCAGCGCUAUACCUCCGGACGAACAGCCGUUGACCGCCUUGGUGUUCCAACGGUUCGCGGCGACCGUGCCGUUUCCAGUGUUCUGCGUCGACGGCAUCGGUCACGGGUUCGUCAACAAUCCGCUGCCGUUCAACACCAACGCCACGGUGGUUGGACCGACGCUGUCUGACGACGCCACCGGAACACCGUCUUACACGCUGACCGUCGACAACGUCUACGACGCGGACGCACCGCUUGACCAGUAACAGGUGGAGCUAUUGCAGUAGACGUCGCAAGACGUAUGACUCGAGUCGGAUUUGGGAAAGGAGGGCCGUACGGAAAGGUUUUUUUUCACAAACAGUUAUAUUGAAUUCGCCUAUAUUGAUAAUUUUAAAUAAAUUUCGUUUUAAAUAAAAACAUGCUCUUGGAAAUACAUAUAUUGAAUUUGUAUAUAACCGACGAUAGUAAAGUUAUAAAGUGUUUUUUUAUCGACAACACCAAACACAAUUAUUGGUUUAAUAAACUAAUACGAAACAAGUUUACGGACUUUUUCAAGUAUUCAUUAUGUUUUAUAAAGGAAUCUCGUUUGCUCUAUCCCUACAGCGUUUGCACCGCUAAGAUUUUCUAGUAUAUUAUUAUAUAGUAUGAUAAUUUUUUAUAUAUCGUAUAUAUUUUUUUAUGUAUUUUUAUUAUAUUAUUAUGAUGAGUUAUCAAAAUUAUCAAAAUACUGCAGUACAUCACCAAUUACCCGCACUUAUUGAGGUUGAAAGGCAAGUGGAUAAUCAAACAAUUACUUAAAUGCACUACGUAACUAGAUGUUCAAUAAGUUUGGACAUUUUUUUAAUUACUUUAGGUAUCGUAAAAGAUAACACCGCUGCUGUGCAUUUAUAAUAAAAUUAAUAUAUCUUAAUAACCUCAUUGUAUAAUUAUAUUAUAUUAUAUUAUUAUCGUUUAUAAAUUCCACUUAAUCUAAUGACGGUUUCAAAACUCAUUGAACACUUUAUGUAUAUUUAUUGAAUCUAAAUAUUAUAUUUAUAAUGUUUAUAC